GAAGACCUCGCUGCAGACCUUCUGUUUAGUUUAUUACACUUCAGACCUUUUGCUUAAGCGUCUCUUAAUACCUCAGAACCUUCUGUUAAACUGACAGGAACAAGAAAUCAGCCUGGACACAAUGGAAAAUAACUGCACGUGAUUGAAUCACCUGAGCCAAAAUGACUGUCAUUGUGAGUGUGUCUAACUUAAGCAAUGACGUCUGUGCUCAGGAGCAGCCGGAGUUGUUCCUGAAGAAACUUCAGCAGUGUUGUGCUGUGUUUGAUUUCAUGGACACUCUGUCAGACCUGAAGAUGAAAGAAUACAAGCGCUCAACCCUCAACGAGCUCGUCGAUUAUGUUACAGUCAGCCGAGGAUACCUCACAGAACAGGCCUACCCAGAGGUCGUCAAAAUGGUGUCCUAUAAUAUAUUCCGAACUCUUCCGCCCAGUGACAGUAAUGAGUUUGACCCAGAGGAGGAUGAACCCACACUAGAGGCUUCAUGGCCACAUUUACAGCUGGUGUAUGAGUUCUUCAUUCGUUUUUUGGAGAGCCAGGAGUUUCAACCCAGCAUUGCCAAAAAGUACAUAGACCAGAAAUUUGUCUUACAGCUGCUGGAGUUGUUUGACAGCGAGGACCCACGGGAGAGAGAUUACCUGAAGACAGUUUUACACAGAAUCUACGGAAAAUUCCUGGGACUAAGAGCUUUUAUACGAAAACAGAUUAAUAAUAUUUUUCUACGUUUUGUUUAUGAAACCGAGCACUUCAAUGGAGUCGCAGAAUUGUUGGAGAUUUUGGGAAGCAUCAUCAAUGGCUUCGCUCUGCCGCUGAAGGCCGAGCACAAACAGUUUCUGGUAAAAGUUUUGAUUCCUCUUCACACCGUCAGAAGCCUCUCACUUUUCCAUGCACAGCUGGCGUAUUGUAUUGUACAGUUCCUAGAAAAAGACCCUGCAUUAACAGAACCAGUUAUCAGAGGUCUGCUGAAAUUCUGGCCUAAAACCUGUAGUCAGAAAGAGGUCAUGUUCCUAGGUGAGUUGGAGGAGAUUCUGGAUGUGAUUGAGCCCACACAGUUUGUGAAGAUCCAGGACCCUCUCUUCAAACAGAUCUCCAAAUGUGUCUCCAGCCCUCAUUUUCAGGUGGCUGAGAGAGCGCUGUACUACUGGAAUAAUGAGUACAUCAUGAGUCUGAUUGAGGAGAACUCCAAUGUGAUUCUUCCUAUAAUGUUCGCAAGUCUGUACCGGAUCUCCAAAGAACACUGGAACCCGGCCAUAGUAGCUUUAGUCUAUAAUGUUCUGAAGGCCUUCAUGGAAAUGAACAGCACUUUGUUUGAUGAACUCACGUCCACUUACAAGUCAGAUCGUCAGAGAGAGAAGAAAAAAGAGAAGGAGAGAGAGGAGCUGUGGAAGAGGUUGGAGGAUCUGGAGUUAAAGAGAAGCCUCCAGAGCGAUGGAAUUAUUCCCACUUAACGACGCGCCUCUCCUGGACCGCUUUUUUCCAACGCCACCACCAUGUGCUCUGGAACGUUGGCCACAUUUUUUUUCCUUUCUGUAUUUGUACGAUUUACUUUACCGUAGAUUCACCUCGUCAGUCUCAUUAUUUCAAAAGCACUGUAAAUAUGUUUAUUUUAUCUUCUUUUUUCCCCCCUUAAAAAUAUUAUGCCGAAAAAGAACGUGACUAGAAAAGGAAAUUAAAAAAUUAAAAUAAGCAAAAAAAAAACAAGAGAAACCCGCACUGGAGGGGGGAAGGAUUUU